UCUCCAUAAAAUUCCAUUCUUGUCAAAUCUGUGCGGUUGAAAAUUGAAAUCUCCUUCCCUCUGUUUAUUACUAUCUCUUCCUCCCUCUCCCUCUAGACUUAACCCCUCACUCUCUCUCUCUCCAAACAAAUAGAGAUUCUCACAAUUCUUGAAUUCUCAGCUAUGGCAGCAGCUGCAUUCUAUUCCAUGAGCCUCCGCCAUGACGUCAAGAAUCUCAACCAACUCCUUCCCAACAUACAGACUGUUAAUAGGAUUUAUCAUGUUGGUGGAAGGCCGAAAAAUGCGAAAAUACGUUUCAAUAAGGCGAUCACGAGGCCUGCACGAAGGCGGUACGGAGUUUUGUUGAAGUGUGUGGCAGAGCAUAGUGAAGAAGAGAGGGAGGAAGAUAUCUCUAAAGCAACUUUGAUAUGGAGAGCCAUCAAAUUACCAAUGUACACCGUUGCUCUGAUUCCUAUAGCAGUAGGGAGCGCAGCGGCUUAUUUGGAGACGGGCCAGUAUUUUGUAAACCGUUUCCUCAGGCUGUGUGUUUCUUCAGCUUGUAUUAUAGCUUGGCUCAACUUAAGCAACGAUGUGUAUGAUUUUGACACUGGAGCAGAUAAAAACAAGAAAGAAUCAGUUGUUAAUCUAGCUGGAAGCCGGACAGGGACUCAUGUUGUUGCUUGGAUACUACUUGCACUUGGCUUCGCUGGCCUUUCUUGGGUUUCUGUCGAAGCUGGAAGUCUGCGUUCGAUAAUGCUACUUUCGUAUGCCAUAAUCUGCGGCUAUGUUUAUCAGUGCCCACCGUUUCGCCUGAGUUACUUGGGAUUAGGGGAGCCGCUGUGCUUUGCAGCGUUCGGGCCAUUUGCAACGACCGCCUUUUACUUGCUCCAGAGCAGCACAAAGCAGCUGCCUAUUUCUGGAGCUGUUGUUGCUUCAUCCAUUCUUGUUGGCAUCACAACUUCCUUAAUCCUCUUCUGUAGUCACUUUCAUCAGAUUGAGGACGACAAGGCAGUCGGGAAGUUCUCCCCUUUGGUGAGGCUCGGGACUGAAGGAGGCGCGAAAGUAGUGAAACUAACUGUCGUGGUGCUCUACUUGCUUCUUUUCAUUCUCGGCCUCACCCAGACUCUCCCCUUCUCAUCUGUAGUACUCUGUGGCCUAACGCUGCCAGUUGCGAACAUGGCGGUUAGCUUUGUUGACAAGUACCACAAGGACAAGGCAAAGAUCUUCAUGGCCAAAUACUACUGUGUGAGGUUUCACACGGCGUUUGGAGCUGCGCUGGCGGCCGGGCUGGUGGCGGCGAGGAUGUUUGCAAGAAAGCAACUUCCACAAGCCCUUCUUCUCUAAGGUUCAAUAAGGCAAAGCUGAGGAAGCUUCUCUCUCUUAACUACUGAUUUUUUCUCACCAGACAACACAAAUAGGCUCAUACUAACUGAUCAACUUUACUUGCUAUACUUCGUGUGUUAUGGAGUAGUACUAUUUAGCUAUGUAUAAUACACAUUUUUUGGAUUAGUAUUUACUGGUCUAAUAAUGUUAUAGAGAUCCAAUUUUGGGUUCUUUAUUUGUAAUGUUUGGAAUGUAUAAAUACUCCUACAUAAGUUUAUACUAUGUAUGUAUUGGGCAAGUGUUACUCUCA